UAAUGUCCUAUUGUCCCAGCAGGACUUAUACCCAGAGCUGAACACUUCAGGCCCACAUUUGCUCUCACUACUCUGUGUGUGUGUGUGGGACCUGACUCCUGUGAUUCUCCAACAAACAAGAUGCAGAACAGGACUGAGAAGUUUGGAGCUCAGCUGCCUCUCUUUGCUCCAGCCAGCAGCUCUCAGCGUGGUCUGCUCAGGAAGAGCACCACCUACCUGGCUAAGAUCGCUGUCGUCCUCCAAGACGCUCCAGCCAAGAUGCUCACUUUCACACAGUUGAUGGACAGACUGGCACCAUUAAUCUCUGAAGAUAGAAAAUCUGUUGAGAACAACAUCAGAGUCUGUUUAUCAAGCAACAAAUGUUUUGUCAAGAUUCCAGUGGUCCCAGAUUCUCUGGACAGUAAGAGAAACUACUGGAAACUGGACCACAGUCAGAUCACUGCAAAGAUGGUGCGUCGUCACUUCAAAGGCAUCCUGUUCCUCUUCCCUGAGUUGGCCUCCAAAGUGGAGAUGGAGAACACCAGCAGACCAUCAGAGCGCUGCUCAGCUCUCCACUCUCCUGAACCUGCAGCCUGCAGAGCUGUUCAGGUCAAAUGUGAGGUGAAGUUCAGCAGUCCUUUCUCCAUUGAAUCCCUCCUGAAGAGAGACAGUCCCUCUGCUCGGGCCUCCAGAGCUUCUCCUCUGUGCAGAGUGCCGGUCAGAGCGGAGCAGCAGCCUCCCUCCACACACAGACCACAUGGGACAAAGAGGAGCUUCAGCUGGGACUCUGAGGAGCCUCUCCUCCUUCAAGCUUCAGCUGGAAGUUCCCCCAUCUGCUCAGCAGGGGGCAGCACACACCGUGGACUCACUGCUAAUGGAGCUGCUCAGCCCAUCAAGAGGAUGCAUGUGUGCUCUCAGUCCUCAUUCCCUGUCUGCACAAGAGCCAGUGCUGCUCCUUAUUUCACCAGCCCACACAGCGGUUACAUCACUUACUCUGUACCAGCAUUUACCCAUGAUGCUCUCUGUUUCUGGCUGUAAUGUGUAUUGUACCUGGCAGAACGGC